UCACAGAGACAGAGGUACCUCACUUGAGCGUCAUGCUGAUGAUUCAUGGCACGCUGGUGGCAGUGUACGACAUAGACAGCAGUCACAAAUCUACGAAGAUCCCAGUGGAACUUCGUGAAGUAGUUUUCAACGGUGUUCAUGGAUUAAUCUACAAAGGCGUGUUAACUAAAAGUAAUGAGUGUGUCGCUGUCAAGCAUAUCCAACUCGAUGUCCCGCAACAACAGCGUGAUUCCCAAAUUCGACGUUUAAAAGCGAAUUUCGAUUUCACUGCCAAUUUGCAUCAUCGCAGUCUGCUACGCCAGAUUCAUCAUCAGGAAUCCCAGCAGGGCAGAAAUGCGGAUGAUGAGCCUGGAAUAUAUGAAGUCAUCACUGAGUUCUUCCAAGGGGGCAUUCUUCACGAUUUCGUCAGUACGAACACUGUAUCCGCUCUGCAGCUGCAAGACAUAGUUGGCCAGAUAGUCGCCGGUUUAGACUAUCUGCAUGGACAGAACUAUGCUCACGGCGACGUCCGGGGCGCCAACAUAAUGAUCUCGGUGGACGGACUGGGCUCUCCCCGUGUGAAAAUCACCGGCAUGGGCCAUAUAACCGACGCGCUGGAUCGCGGCGGCGAAGCGGCGUCGGAGCGGGGAUAUAUGCUGUUUGUGCCGCCCGAACGGAUCCGACUUGAGUGCACCGCUCCCGCAUCCCCGGAGAAAUCCCGGAAACUGGCCAUGCGCGGCGAUGUGUGGAGUCUGGGUUGUGUCGUGCUGGAGGUGAUUAACGGCGGUUGGCCGGCGUUCUACGAAGACGAUGGCGAAGGAGAUCGGCGUCUCCUGACGAAGGAUGUGCCGGUGCUGAUCUUUGUCGGAAACGGUGGUGUGCCGGAUGUUUCCCCGUUGUUACCUGUGGAGAUACAGGAUUUUGUCGGCAAGUGUCUUAGCCGCAACCCGCGUGACCGCUGGAUGACUAAGGACUUGAAAGGGCAUCAGUUUCUGCAGUGCUCCAGGGAUGUUGUGGCGCAAUGGACCCUGCCGCCACCUAACAGACAAGAAGCGGACUGCAGCCGAGUACUGUGAGCGAAAAGCCUUUUGCUGGCCAUCUCAGCCGCUGGCACAUGGAAUUGCUGCUUCUUCUGCAAUAAUUCAGUAUUAUAUAUUACGAGCUGCUGUUGGUGCAGUUCGCCUUCACCUUUCUAGUGGUUUACGGCCAAAAAUUCGAAAAUAACAUCGAUCAACUCAUACUUAGUCGAUAUUGAUAGCGGCCAGACAGUGAUGUCACAACGCUGCACAAGUCCCAUUUUAUGAGUUGUUUGCUCUUGUGCUGUAGUAAUAAGAACAUUA